CAGAUGUCACAUGAUGACUCCACAAAGCUUGAUCAAUCUCAGGGAAUUCGGGAUGCCUAUUUCAGAUUCCUUCUCAAGUCUCUCUCGUUGGGAUUCUAGAGCCUCGCGUGAACAAACGUCACAGUUUCAGUGACGUCGCUUGAUCGACGCUAACGUCGUCAGGGACUUUGUUCUAGUGAGCUCCUUGUUGUCGCCAGUAUUUUCUAGGUUCUGACGAGCAGCCUCGCCCACAUCCAGCGCGUGGAGAUCAGUCCAGUUCCUGCAGAUUCUGUUGGCUUACCUUUUUUUGGUUUAGAUUAUCGUUUUUGGCUCCUUGUCGGCUUCUUGCUGACAGAGCGUGAUAGGUCAGCAGUAGCUAAUCAUUUAGUUUCUAUCAGGUUCAAUUGAUAUUUCCUGCUGAAAUCGUCUGUCAAGGAUUCGUCUGCGUCCUUCUCUCCGUUCGCUCGGUAUUCGUCAGCUCUGUUACUCUUCUAGCUUAUGAUCCAAUCACAAGCGAGCAGACGUCUCGGGAGAAAGCUUUUGAGGUUCCUAACAACGCAACUGGACGUUCCCGGAGUAACCCGUUGAGGCGAUUGAGUUAGCAGGGUAUUUUUUAGAAUUCUAAAAAAUACCCGGAGUAACCCAUUGAGGCUCCUAGGAGCAAUCGGACGUAUUAGGAACCGCAGCAUCGAGCCACCAUGUCCUGGAUAUUCAAUCGAGGCAGCGGCGGCAGCGGGAAUUCUCCUUCGCCAGUCGCAUCCCCUGCUGCAGCCGCACGCUCCCCCGCAACCGGACUACGAUCCCCCAUGCCGUCAUCGUCCAGGCAACCGAUGCCAGGAGCGUCAACGCCUACGCAACCCUCGCCUGCCGUCCUAUCCCCAUUAUCUCCAUCCCGAGCCGGCGGAUCGCCGGUUGCUGCGUCGAUCCCCGACCCGCUGACGUCACGCGCGAUUCGGCUGGUGUACAAGGAUGACCAGGGCGUGUUUCGGAUGGACCCCGAGGCUGUUAGCGCGCUGAGGAGACUGCGAGGACCCCUCGGGGUUGUCGCGGUGUGCGGAAGGGCGAGGCAGGGGAAGAGCUUCAUACUGAAUCAGCUGCUGGGUCGCAGCAGCGGGUUCACGGUGGGCCCCACGCACCGGCCGUGCACGAAGGGCCUGUGGAUCUGGAGCUCGCCUGUCAAGGUGACGGCGCCAGACGGGUCGUCGUACCACCUGCUGCUGCUGGACUCCGAGGGAAUCGACGCCUAUGAUCAAACGGGCACCUACAGCACGCAGAUCUUCUCGCUGGCCGUGCUGCUGUCGUCGCUGUUCGUGUACAACCAGAUGGGUGGCAUCGACGAGUCGUCACUCGACCGCCUCUCCAUGGUCACUGAGAUGGCGAAGCACAUCCAAGUGCGCGCAUCCUCAGCCUCAGCAGCAGCAGCAGCAGCAGGGUCGGCUGGUGGUGCUGGCUCGUCUACGUCCACACAAGAACUGGGGCUCUUCUCUCCCGUGUUCUUUUGGCUUCUGAGGGACUUCUAUUUCGACCUGACUGAGGACGGGCGGGUGAUCACCCCUCGGGAUUACCUCGAGACGGCACUCCAGUCCAUGGCCGAGGGCUCCGAGUCCGCACGAGCAAAGAACCAGAUCCGCGAGUCCAUUCGCUCCCUUUUCCCAGACCGAGACUGCUUUGCUCUCGUGCGCCCCAUCAGCAACGAGAAGCUGCUGCAGAAGCUCGACCACCUGCCGAUGGACCAGCUAAGGCCGGAGUUCAAGCAGGGGCUGGACGCUUUCACGCAGUCAGUUUUUGCGCGCGCUCGCCCCAAGAGGGUGGGCGGCACAGUUAUGACUGGGCCCAUACUGGCCGGGCUCACUCAGACUUAUAUCCAGGCGCUCAAUAACGGGGCUGUGCCCACCAUCCUCAACUCCUGGCUGAGUGUGGAGGAGACGGAGUGCCGCAGGGCGUUCGAGGCUGCACUGGAGGCGUACACGAGGGCCUUUGGGAACCCCGCCUCUGCUGAUGAGGACGACCUGAGAGCUCGCCACAGGGCAGCCCUGCUAGCAGCGGAGGCGGCGUUCAGAGAGGAGGCGGUGGGGGAGGGGCAGGCACGGCAAAAGUAUGAGGAGAAGCUGAGGGAGGAGGCUGGGAAGAGGUUCGAGGAUGUGCUGAAGCGGGUGGCAGCAGAGGCGGAGGUGCGGUGCACGCGGUUCCUAGAUGCCUUGGAGGCAAAGGUCAAGGGCCUGGCCAGGGGCCCUCCCCGGGCGGCUACUGCUGACGUGGUGCGUGCGCUGCUCGCUGAGCUGGCGGCGUACGAGUCGUCCAUGUCGGGUGCUGCCAAGUGGCGGUGCUUAUCUGCGUUCCUCGUCGCCAGCAUGCGCGGCCUUGUGUUGGACUCAGCUGAGAAAGAGAUUGCCGAAGCAAAGCAGCAAGCCUCGUCCGCAUUCAAGGACAAGCAAGCCGCCGAGGCUCGGGCCUCUGCUGAAGCUGCGGCGGCGGCUCGGGAGGCCGCUGCAGCUGAGGACUGGAAGAAGCGGGUGGCAGCAGUGGAAGGACAGCUGGCGGACGCUCAUAGGCUGGUUGGGGAAGGGAGGGAGGAGAGGGAGAGAAUGAGAAAGGAAGUUGAGGAGGGGAGGAGGAGGGCGGAGGAGAGGGAGAGGGAGUGUGCGGGUUUGAGGAAGGAGGUGGAGAGAGUGAGGGAGGGAGGGGAGAAGGAAGUGAGGAGGGCGGCUGGGGAGGCUGAGAGGUUAAAGGGGCAGCUGGAGGAGGCGAAGAGGAGGGUAGGGGAGGAGCAGGGGGAGAAGGUGAAGUGGAGGGAGAUGUACGAGAAGGGGAUGGGGGAGGGGAAGAGGGAGGUGGAGAAGGUGGUUGGGGAGAGGGAGGGGUUGAGGGCGGAGGUGGAGAGGGAGAGGCAGAGGAGGGAGGCGGAGGUGGCUGCGAUUCAGAAGGACAAGAACGCAUUGGAGCAGCGGCUGCGAGCAGAGGCGUCAAAAGCAGCGGACGAGGCUACUGAGCUGAAGAUUCAGCUGGAGUCCCAGGCAGCGCGGCUGGCAGCAACGGAGAAGGCACUGGUAGAGGCAAAGGCGAGGGAGAGGGAAGUUGAGGAGAGCAUGCGAGAGGCGACCAGGACGGCUGGCAGUGCGAGCAAGAGCGUGCAGGCUGCUAGAGAGGCGAAGGCAGCGGCAGAAGCAGCGACAGAGAAUAUGGAGCACCAGCUACGUCAGGCUGAGUCAGCACGCACCUCCGCUGAGCUGGCAGCUCGGCGCGAGGCUGAGCUGGCCCGCCAGGCUGGCAUCCGCGCUGACUCAGCAGCCAAGGAUCUCCAGAUGGCGGUGGAGCAGGUACAGGCGGCCCAAUCAGCAGCAGAGGCGGCAGGAAAGAGGGCGGAAGCUGCGGAGGGGAGAGCGAGGGAGGUCGAGAGGGAGACAGAGCAGUUGAGAAUGAGGGUAGUGGAAGGGGAGGAAGAGGGGAAGGGGAGGGCUGAUGCGCUUUUGAGAGAGUGUGAAGAGCUGAGAGGGGAGGUGGGGAGGAGGAAGGAGGAGGUAGGGGAGACGAUGGCGAUGCUGGCAGUGUGUGAGGUGGAGAGGGAGGGGUGGAGGAGGAAGGAGGGGGAGGCGAGGAGUGAGGUGGUUGGGCUGAAGGGGGAGGUUGAGAGGUUAAAGGGGGUGGUUGAGGGGAUGGGGGUGGAGUUGGGAGUGGUGAGGAGCGAGAGGGAGGAGAUGAGGGGGGGAGUGAGAGUGAGGGAGGAGGAGAUUGCACGGUUGAGAGGGAUGCUGGAAGUUGCAAUGAGGGGGAAUCAGGAGAGGGAGAGGGAAAGGGGGAGGGAGAGAGGGGUGGGGAGGGUGGAUGGAGCGGUGGGAGAGGGGGAGGGGACUGUGGGGAUGGAAGUGGAGGAGGAUGAAGAGGCGGGGAGGAAGAGGAAGAGGGCGAGACUGGGGGCGGCUGCUGCUGGUGCAGGUGCUGCUGCUGGUGAGGGCACUUCGGCUGGUGGGGAUGGAGGUGCCUCUGAUGCAGGUUUUACUGGUGCAGGUGCUACUACUGGGGGUGCUGCAGGGGCGGGAGAUAGCGCUGUGACGGGUGAUGCUGCAGAGACAACAGCAGGAGAAGGCAGCAAGCGGAGAGGCAGGGGUGCAGGCAAGAAAGCACCUGCUGCUGCUGCUGCUGGGGCAUCUGCACCCGCGGUGCCAGCGGUGGGAAGAGGAGGAGGAGCAGCAGCAGCAGCAGCAGCAGCAGCAGCAGCAGGAGCAGCAGUAGCAACAGGAGGAGUUGCGGUGGCGCCCUCGCCUGCAGCAUCAGGCAACACGGGAUUCGAGUCAGCCCAGGCAACAGGGCAGGGCAGCGAGAUGGAUAUGGAUACUGAGGGGGCUUCCUUUGGUGGCGUGUUUGGCACAGGGGGGAAGGGGGGCACCGAGGGGGAUGAGGCGGAAAGCAGUAAGGCAGCCAAGGGGAGGACAGCGGGAGGGAGGAGUAGGAGGGGUGGGGCAGCGAGGAGAGGGAGAGGGAGGGCAGCUCCGGGGGUGGGGGCGGUGACAGCUGCUGACGUGGCGGGGGAGUCUGACGUGGCGAAGAGGCGGAGGGAGAUAGCGAUGAAAAUGACCAAGAGCGAGCUGAAAGAUGUGUUGACGGACCAUGGGAGGGGGCUGGAUGUGCUGGAGCUGAGGACGCCCACCAAGGGUCAGCUGGUGGAUCUGUAUGUGAAGUUCGUCCCUGGAGUUGGUGACAAGAAGUAGGUGGCAAUAGUUGCUGGUGUGACUGGGAUGGGAGAUUGAGGAUGAAGAGUGAGCUGAGGGAUGUGCUGACGGACCAUGGCAGGGGGCUGGAUGUGCUGGAGCUGAGGGCGCCCACCAAGGGGCUGCUGGUGGAUCUGUAUGUGAAGUUUGUGCUGGGAGUUGGUGACAACAAGUAGCUGGUGCGGCUGGGAUGGGAGAGGGGAUGGUGUGGGUGGGAUGGGAGAGGGGGAUGGUGGGGCUCGGAUGGGAGAGGGAGAUGGUGUGGUGUGGCUGGGAUGGGAGAGGGGGAUGGUGGGGCUCGGAUGGGAGAGGGAGAUGGUGUGGUGUGGCUGGGAUGGGAGAGGGGGAUGGUGGGGCUCGGAUGGGAGAGGGAGAUGGUGUGGUGUGGCUGGGAUGGGAGAGUUGGUGAUGGCAGAACAUGGGAUGCCUGAUGGCAGAACAUGGGAUGCCUGAUGGCAGAACAUGGGAUGCCUGAUGGCAGAACAUGGGAUGGGGCUGGAUGUGUUUGAGUUGAGGAUGCCUGUGAAGGAUCAGCUGGUGGAUGUGUAUGAGAUGUUAGCGGCGGAGCGGUUGAUGCGAGAGAUUUUCGUCGUGAUGCGAGAGAUUUUCGUCGUGAUGCGAGAGCUUUGGAAGUGGAGUCAGAUUGUCUAGUUCAUUGUCUUCUGUGCUAGUUGGAGUUAGAUAUCUGUGUGCAGUGCACAUGAUUGUUUAGCAUCGAGUGCAGCGUGGAUUUUUCUGAUGGGUGGGUCUAUCAAAGUUUGGGUUGGAGUGAGAAACGUUGUCUGAG